AUUUUCUUGGUUGAAUAGGAUGGACGAGUUGAAGAAGAUAGCCGACUAUAUGGUGACACCUGGAAAAGGUAUCCUAGCUUCGGAUGAACCACCCGAAUUGUUAGAGUCCAAGUUUCAACAACUAGGAGUUGCCAACAAUGAAGAAACGAGAAGGACUUAUCGUGAACUAUUGUAUGGAACCCAUGGAUUGGAACAAUAUGUAGCUGCUGCUAUUCUCCAUCGCGAAACUUUUGAACAAAAAGCAAAAAAAGGAAUAUUACCAGGCAUAACUGUGGACCAAGGAUUCGAUAUCUUGCCAGGCACAACACAAGAGACCAUCACUUUAGGAUUGGAUAGUUUGAGUACCCAGUGUGCUUCUUAUCAGAGAAAAGGUGCCAAGUUUACCAAAUGGAGACCAGCUUUUCGUAUUGUGGAUGAUAUUAGUCCUUCUGCCAUAGCUAUAAGUACCAAUGCAGAGUUGGUGGGAUGUUAUGCAGCUAUUUGCCAACAAUAUGGAUUGGUUCCUAUUAUCGAAAGCGAUGUAUUAUUGGAAGGAAGUUAUACCAUUGAGACUUGUGCCAAAGUAUCCAAAAUGGUAUUGGAAGAAAUAUAUUCUUCUCUGAAACGUCAUCAAGUAUACUUGCAAGGAGUGGUAGCCAAACCCAAUAUGGUAUUAGCAGGAUUGAGUGCCAAGUCCAAACCUGAUCCUUCCACAGUUGCCAAAUAUACUUUGGAUACUUUGUUGGAUUCGGUUCCUGCUUCGGUUCCUGGUAUUGCUUUUCUUUCAGGAGGUCAAACAGAACAAGAAGCUACUACUCAUUUGGAAGCUAUUCAUAGACAAGCGAAAAUGACCAAACAACCUUGGCAAUUGACAUUUUGUUAUGGUCGUGCACUCCAAGCCACUUGUUUACAAACUUGGAAAGGUAAAGCUGAAAACGUAGAAAAAGCAAGAGAACAAUUUUUAUAUCGUUGCAAAGUGAAUGCGUUGGCUUAUAAAGCUGCUUAAACAAGCUUUGUUAUAUUGUUUUGAAUAAGAUAGUUGGAAGUAAAAAGAGCGUUUUCAAACAACUUAUGAUUUGAAUAUGUCUAUUAUUCGCAUUGUCCACGUCAUCAUCUCACUGCAGUCCUUUUCAAAGAUAUCCAGAAUUCUGCUGCAAGUCCAAUGAAUAAUAACACAACAUGAUUCCUUUUCAAGGAUAGCUACUCCCAAGCUAUGGGGAACUACUGAAGAAUAAUAUGGACAGCAGCUUGAUUGAUAUGUACGAUGAAACCAAGACAUCGAAAGAAGGGAAUGAUUCUGAGAUUGUGUUAGAGAUAAAAGAAAGUAUAAACAAGAAACAAGUUUCUGAGCAAGAACAAGAAGAAUGGAAAGAAACUAUCCAAAAGUUGGAGGAAAUAAACACGGAAUGUUGGGUUGAAAGCCAAGUCGGGUACUUUUAAAAAUGGUUAAUACUUUAUUUUUGGUUCUUAGUAGGAUUUGCGAGCGUUGGUGGACUUUUGGUGCGAAUAGACUUGAACCUCGUUAGUGGAGCACUUCUCUAUGUAAAGGUCGAUAUGAAUUGAAAAACUUUAGAACAAUCUUAAGUGAUAAGUGGCUUUUCACUUGGGAGAUAGGAUGGUGCACCAAGGUAAGUCGCUUUU